AUGCCACUCCUAAAGAGAUCCCACUUCCUUAUUCCCCGUAUUCCUCCCCUCCAUCUCCCUAUAUCGUCAGCCACAAAGCACGCAGACCUGCUCCUCUUUUCACACAAUCUCUCUUCAUCUGGUGGGGAGUUUUAUGAUGCUCGUGAUGAACUAUCAACCGACAGCGGAACGCCGAGUUCAGUUAACAACAUGGAAGCUGAACUGAGGUUGAGUUUGCUGAUGGAAAGCGAGAAGAGAAGGCAAGCAGAGGAGACUCUGGAGGAAAUGCAAAUGAACUACGGUGUCAAAUCAGAGUUCACCAGGUUUGUCUCUGACUCACUAGACAUUGAGUUGGCCAAGGCAGAGGUAGAGAUGGAGAUGACUUCUGAACUCGAAGCUAAGAAGUUUGAAAUCACCCAGUUAUCUAACCGCCUUCACUAUUCCGAGACUGUAAACCAGGAAAUGUCCCAGCGCAACCAAGAGGCCAUAGAGGAUGCAAGACGAGAGAAGAAGAAGAAGAGAAAGAGGAGGCAGAGAUGGAUUUGCGGAUCAAUUGCAGUAAGCAUCACGCUUGGUGGUGCAGUCUUGGCUUACCCUUCCGGAAAUUCAUUGAAACCUCAGCCGUCACCAAUCAAAUGA